AUGCAAACAAUAUCCAAUUUCAAUCAAUGAACUAAUUUUUCAAUUGUAUUUUAAAAUCAGUUUUAAACAAAAUGGAUUUCGUUAAAGUUUGUUGGAUUCUAUUUCUACCAGUUAUAGCUGCUUCCACAUCAUAUCCAAAGAUCAUCAAUGGAACAGCAGCAAGUAUCGACUAUACUCGUCAUCAAGUCUCAAUCCGGCUAAAAGCUAAUGAAAUAAUUUUCGGAACUGGUCAUAUUUGUGGUGGUUCAUUGAUUAAGCCAACAGUUGUUCUAUCAGCUGCGCAUUGCUUCUUUGAUGAUAUGACCGGGAAAUUUCAGAGUGCUCGAUACUAUUUCGUCGUUAUGGGAACUUUGGACCGUUUUGAAAAGAACGAAAAUACAAUAUCUUUGGAUAUAACUCAUAUUGUUCAUGGUGAUUUCGUCAGAUCAACAUAUACAAAUGAUAUCGCCAUAGUUUUUUUGGAUGGAACUGUACCAGCUUCAAAUCCAGCAAUAAAUGUGAUUCCAUUAAAUCGAGAAGUGAUUCCUGCAGGAACAAUUUGUCAAGUAACCGGUUGGGGUAAAACCGAAACUGGUUUACUGUCAGAAAUUUUGUUAACAAUUGAUGUACCAAUUUUGGACAGAAAAACUUGUUCAACAAAUUAUGGAGAGAGUACUAUUAAAGAUGGAAUGAUUUGUGCAGGAUAUAUGGAUGGUGAAAAAGAUGCAUCGAAUGGAGAUUCUGGAGGUCCAUUGGUGUCAAAUAAUAAAUUGAUAGGAAUUGUUUCAUUUGGAAUUAAUAAUUCUAGUCUAACAGGCUAUCCUGGAGUUUAUACAGAUGUGAGAUAUUACGUGAAUUGGAUAGAUGAUACAAUCAAACGCAGUUCAGCGAGUUCAAAAUCACUUAGUUAUUUUAUUGUUUUACUCGUUUUCUUAUCUUAUUUAAAUUUUCCCCUUUUCAAGCAAACAGCGUACGACUCAAUCAUCAAACCAAAAAUCAUCAAUGGAACAGCAGCCAAUGAAACAGAAAAUAAAUACCAAGUUUCAAUUCACCUCAAAGAACGGGAUUUUUACUUUGGUUCUGGCCAUGUUUGUGGCGGAAGUCUAAUCAAGCCAUCAAUUGUCAUAACUGCAGCUCAUUGUAUCUACAAUGAGCCUCAAAAAGUUAUGCGAACAGCCAAUGAAUUCUUAGUUUCAAUGGGUUCAGUGGAUCGAUUUGAUCGUAUCAACAGUACAACUUUUGAAGUUCUUGAACUUUAUUACAAAGAAACAUUUAAUACCACAACUUAUGUUGACGAUAUUGCAAUUUUUAUUCUCAAUGGACAAGUUUCGGAAAAAUUCAAAAAUAUCAAACCAAUUGAUAUUAAUUGGGAUAAUGUGACAGAUGAUACUAUGUGUCAAGUUUCUGGAUGGGGUAUCACAGGAGAAGGUAUUACAUCGGACAUCCUUAUGAUUGUGAAUGUCCCAAUCAUAAAUCAAACUAUUUGUGAAAAGAAUUACCAAGGUUCUGUUAAAGAAGGCAUGAUAUGUGCUGGUUAUAUGAAUGGAACAGCUGAUGCUUGCGAUGGAGAUUCUGGAGGACCUUUAGUCUGUAACAACAAAUUGACAGCUAUUGUUUCUUUUGGUGUUGGAUGUGCUGUUAAAGACUUUCCAGGGGUAUACACAGACUUAAAAUAUCACUACAAGUGGAUUCAAAAUGUGACAGAUAGCUUUGAAAACCUUAAAAGUUCUGCUUUAAACAUCAAGGUGUCUCAUUUUGGACUUCUUUUCGUUAUUUUAGUUUUAUUUAUUACC